GGAGCACUGACUUGUACAUCAGUUGGCCAUUGCAAAUUUUUGUUCAUUGCAUCUUUGAAUGAAGUGCUUUUUCAGCCACUCGGUGUCUUCUUCGAGAAGGGUUGCGACUAUCACUUAGCGAUCUGUAUUCUGCUCACCAUUCUCGGAUAUAUUCCUGGCAUUAUAUACGCCUGUUACGUUAUUCUCGCCUAUUAG